AUGGCCUCGGAAGAAUCGGUACAGCCAUUGCGUCUGUCGAGGAAUAGCGUCGCAUCUCAGCCAGCGGUCGCCAGCUCUAUUCCUCGCGCGUUGACCGAGAUAUCACCAACCGAGAAGCGACGAAACUCACCAAGCUGGAACCAGACCACCAAAAAAAUGACUCUCAGCACCGACUCUUCUCCAUUCCAGUCAUCCCCGCUGGAUGGCGCCACCUCGCCUCGCCUGUUCUGGAAGAACCGCAACCUGAACUCGGAGAACAACUCGCUCUACGGAGGCCGCGCCGGCUCCCCAUCACCCACACGACGCUCAUCUAUAGAGCGUCUUCAAAAGGCUUCUCGCGUCAAGAACAGCAACAUCCUCGCUCUAGAGCAGAAGCAGGAAUACGAUCCCACCAGAAUCCCGCAGGUAGAGCGACCCCUCGCUAAGGUCCAAGGCAACGCGUAUGGCGGAACUGGGGCUGCCGGCCUGAGAAGCCCCGAGGCUAAGACCAUGGGCCACCAGAGGACUGGGAGCAAGUCUAGUAUUCCGCUAUACAGCCCGACCAAGGCCCCCGCUCCAACCACUACUGGCACAAGCAUCACCACUUCUCCUCCAGUAUUCAACCCACCCCAGACUCCGGGCAAAGAGUCGACAUCACCUAUGAAAUCAUCAUUAUCCACGAGUCGCUUUAAGAGCAGUUACGAUCAGGAUUCGGCGGCGGAGAGCUCACAGGACGAACGUCAGUUGGCGAAUGGCCGGUACCUCGGACGUCAUGCGAAGAGCGUCACCUUCGACGCCGCACCUCCGCAAGUCAACGAGUAUGAGAUGGCCACCCCUGACUUGUCUUCCAUUGGAAGCAAUUCACGAGAGGGGAGCUUUGAGUCGGAAGAAGACGAUGAGGACUACGGAGAACAUUAUGGCGUACACGAGCCUGGCGCCCACGACGACAGCUUCGAUGCGUCUCUCGAAGAUACAGACAAAACUCCUGUUGUAGGACCAGAGGACUGGAGACAGGACAGUCCGGCCGUGGCGCGCAACAGUCAGCUCGAGGAUCCGUUCGACGGCAGCCCUAUGCCGGAGACUGUCCCCACUAUGGCGUCUAACGGACGACCUCAAACGAGCAGAGGAAACUCGGCCAGCUCCAACAACGGCGACCACCGGCCGCUUCCUCCUCUGCCUGGUGUUGCUCAGGCGGCAGGUGCUCAGCGCAACCUCCCAUCGCCUCCGCCUGCAUCGGCCUCGAGCAAGCCAGAGCAGCAGAACAUCGGCAAUGGCAGAAUGCCACUCGAGGAGCGCCUCAGGCUUAUGAUGCUCUCGGAUGGUGGCAAGACUGCUGCCGAGCAGCAGAGAGAACGCCGCAUGCGCCGUGCCGGUGCUCGCGACCGGGUCGGUAGUCCCACACCAGAGCGCGAAGCUCCCAGCGCCAGCAUCAAUGCCAGCGCGAAUGCCGACGUCGAUGCCAGCUUCCAGGAUGAGGAGGAUGAUCAGGUUGGCGACAUCUCGGCUUUGGAGGAGUAUCAGCUGCCGCCUAGGAUCUCACGGGAAUCCAUUCUUCGUCGUGUCAAUGGCAACAAGUCUCUCGAGCGCGAUUCCGACUAUCAAUUCUCCUCUCCAAUCCCAAGCUCAAGCCCCGAGCGUGCAAGUCCCGGACGCUCACUUUACAGCCCUGAUCGUCCUCUUCCCCUUGAUCCCGAUGUUCCGAUUCCGAGCACCGAGGACUCAUAUAUGGAUGAUAGCGAGUCCAGCGUGGUGAUACACCGGGAUGAAGAUGACGACGAUCAAACUGACGACUCCUUGUACGACAUGCCUGAUGUCUACGAUCCUACCCAUAGUAACUUUGGUGAUCGUGACACCACGGAGGACAGGUCGGACGACGACGAAGAAGACGAAGAGACCCGGGAUGACAUUGACUCUGAGAGUCACUACUCCGAUCUUCCCGUAAGAAAUACUCAGCCUGCAGCGGCUGAGGAAGAUAUUACAGCAACGCCUCGAGCUACAUCCCCUGUCGAAGCUCCUGCUCCGGAAGAAAGCAAGGAGGAAUCGCCUGAGCCACCCAAAGUUCCAGAAAAGCCCAGAACCAUUGAUUUUGGAAGCGACCUGCAAGGGUACAUGCUGCCAAGGCCGGACAAGCUCGACACAACAAAGAUUCCCCAACUCGAGUCGCCGUCGCAAAAUCGGCCCUCCACUCCCGAUCGUCCGGUGCUCUCCAAGCCUGAAUACGAUGGUUCAGGCUGGGGAGAUGAUGAUGACUUCUCUGAGCCUGGUACCCCUGAGUCAGUGAUUCACCAUCCCAUGCCCGAUGACGAUUACGACCCCGAGGACGAGUCGCCUCGCACUCCUCAGUCGCCCCGGGCAUCCCCCGCCAUUCCCGAGGAGUUUGCGACCAUCAAAGCCUCCGGAUCAAAGCUCAAAACUCGGCCAUCAGCUACGCCGUCUGACUUGGUAGCCAUGCGUGAAGCAAGGCGCCAAGUCAGUCGAGAGAUCCCAGAUGUGCCAGUUAUUCCGGAUCGCCACAAGAGCGGCCUGGGUACAGAGAUGAGCAUGUCUGAGAGCGAGGCCUUUCUCGAGCGUCACCCGAGCUUUAAGGAGCGAAGCCUCACAUUGGACCUCGAUCUUGGUCUAAGCCUCGAUCAGGACUUUGACCGAGUGAUAGAGUCACAAAAGCGCGGUUACCUCAUGCGUCAGAACACCAAGGUUGUUACAGCCAGCGACAAAGAUCGUGACGAGUAUCGGUUCGCUCGGUCCGCUGGAAACUCACCCGUAAAGCAGGAUCGUCCGCAGUCGUGGACAGUCGAGCCAUGGAACCCUCAAGUUAGGAAAAAGAGCGUCCGUAAACGACCCACCCCUUCAUCAGGUCCUGCGCCUCCUCUACCAGGCCAAGAGAGCAACGUCGCUGGACUCAGCUCCCUCGCCGAAGAUGAGCUCGCUGUCGAUUUGACACCCGAGGACAAUGGCGAAAGGGGACGGUUGUUUGUCAAAGUCAUGGGCGUCAAGGACCUUGACCUACCUCUGCCAAGGAACGAGCGGACCUGGUUCAGCCUCACCUUGGACAACGGCGUCCACUGUGUGACAACAGCUUGGUUAGAGUUGGCUCGCAACGCACCGAUUGGGCAGGAGUUUGAGCUCGUUGUACCAAACGACCUUGAAUUCCAGCUGACACUUAACGUGAAACUGGAGAAGCCUGCGCCGCAGAAGGUUAUACAGUCACCCACUAAGCUCAGUCGGCCCAAGACGUCAACCUUUAGCAGGGUGUUUGCCUCGCCGAAGAAGCGCAAGGAAAUGGAGAUGCGCAUGCGAGAGGAGGAGGAGCGCCUGGCGCGUGAGCAACAGGAGGCCAACGCCAGGCUGCGAAGCCGGCAGCAACCAACUGCUUGGGACCUUCUCUCACCUCUUGCUGCCGAUGAUGGCAGCUUUGCUCGCUCCUACAUUUCUCUCAAGGAGCACGAAUCGAAGUGUUUUGGUCGACCUUACGUCGUCGAUGUUGCCUGCUUCAACGAAUGGGCCGUGGAGGAAGCUGGCUUUGCUUCUAGCGUCAAGAGCAAGCGAGGUAACACGGGUCAGGUGGUUCGCCGUGCACCUUACAAGAUUGGCAAGCUGGAGCUUCAGCUCCUUUUCGUGCCCAGGCCGAGAGGAUGCUCUGACGACGAUAUGCCCAAGAGCAUGAACUCUUGCAUUCGGGAGAUGCGCGCCGCCGAGGAGCGUCUUUCCCGGAACUGGGAGGGACCCUUGAGCCAACAGGGUGGUGAUUGCCCAUACUGGCGCCGACGCUACUUCAAGCUUGUUGGCACAAAGUUGACUGCCUAUCAUGAGGCGACUCGUCAGCCUCGCGCUACCAUUAACUUGGCCAACGCCAAGCGUCUGAUUGAUGACAGGCGCGCCUUGAUGGAGAAAGAAACGACUGGCAAGGGUGGCAAACGUCGCCGAUCCGCAUUCGCCGAAGACGAGGAGGGCUACAUGUUUGUCGAGGAAGGUUUCCGCAUCCGUUUCAAUAACGGUGAAAUCAUCGACUUCUACGCAGACACGGCCCAAGACAAGGAGGGCUGGAUGAAGGUAUUAUCCGAGGUCAUCGGACGUGACAGCAUCAGUGGCGAUGAUGACAACGCCAGCCUCAGGACGAAGAACAGAUGGUGCGAGCUCGUCCUCAAGCGGGAGGAGACCAUCAAGAAGAGAGCUGAGGGUAGGCGAGUUCACUCGCGCACCAAGAGCAUGCACCUGUGA